CUUUCCUCAGCAGGUUUGAGCUACAUGCGCUCUGUACGUACAGACGCACCUUCAGCACUGCCUGGGCACGCUGCUCUGUGCUCGUAGACGUCGUCGCGUUCGCAGCUUCCCUAUCCAGCUGAGUCGAUAACCACAAAGACCAGCGACUGGUAGGAGCCGAUAGCUCACCACUACCCGGACAGCACCAAUCGAGGUAGAUGCGAAAAUUGAUCACCUUCCCGAGAACGUUUGAAGAGAUGGACAACCACGACACUCCCCCGUCGCAGCAGGCCUGGAUCAAGGAAGAAUGUGCCGAUGAGGACCCAGACCUGAGUAGUUCCCCAAUAGAUCUGCAUCAACAAAACGCGACAGCGCACCAGCGAAGAAGCACGUCAUCGUCUUCACCGGAACAGCACUUGGAACGAGAUUAUGUGUCAGAUCAGAGCCAUCCACACGAUGAAUCCAGGGAGGCAUCACCUAUCAAGUGCGAGCUCGAAAAUGAGCCGAGCAUCGCUAAAGGAAGCAAUGCGGAAUCGGCAAUAUAUUACGCCGGAAAAUAUUCCGGCCCUUUCACUGACACUUAUUACCAGGCGCCUUCAACGUCCAUGGCGAGCCCCCACAUUGUGGACGGGUCGUCAACCGUGCUUCGGUACCAGCCUGCUUCAGCCGUUGCGAACUCUACCCCUUAUUACACCGCACCGUCUCCAGUCGUGCAAGGCAGUGCAGCCAGGGAAUCCGUGCUUUUGGAUGACCAGAGCGCAACGUAUUCUCAUCUGACGCCUGCGAGCACCGAGCACCUGUCGUACUCUCCCAGUAGCCCGUACGAGAUGCGAGCCAAUAACAAGACGUACCAGUACUCUCCUCAGGAUUCUUCACCAUCUAGUAACACCAUGAUGUCACCCGAUAUGUGGUCGCCGGCUUCUCCGCAGCAGCAGGAUGACUACGGGAAGCUGAGUAACCAGUGUCUCCCUCCGAUGUCUGUGGCAUCCUGUCGCCUUCAGCAUAGCCCUUCUAGUCACCAUCAGUUGAGCCCGACGCGCACGACGGCCAAUGGACUUCACCAUCACUAUUCGCCAUUUCUCUCAUCGGAGCAUCAGACCGGACAGUGGGGUCAUACUUUGGACAGCACCUCAACGAAUACUACAAACUCGAUGCAGCAGUACGGAGCGCUGAAUUCGGAUAAGCGAUUCAUUGACAUGGAUUACUUCGGAUGUGAAGGCCGAGAAUGUGUCAACUGCGGGGCGAUAUCUACGCCUCUAUGGCGUCGGGAUGGUACAGGACACUAUCUCUGCAAUGCGUGUGGACUCUACAAUAAGAUGAACGGUGCACACCGACCCAUCAUCAAGACUCCCAGGAGACUGUCGGCGUCCCGUCGAAUGGGCCUGACGUGUUCCAACUGUCAGACGAACACCACAUCUCUAUGGAGGAGGAACAACGUUGGGGAGCCAGUCUGCAAUGCAUGCGGUCUUUACUUCCGAUUGCAUGGGGUGAAUCGUCCGCUAGCCAUGAAGAAGGACAGCAUUCAGACUCGCAAACGCAAGCCGAAGGGUUCGACUGGCAGCUCUCAAGGCGGAGCUACUGGCAAGACCCACGAGCAGAACCUCGUUACUCCUCCUAUACUGAUUCCAGCAACAUCUGGAACCAUGGAGCACCACCACCACGGCAACAGCAGGAUCCCUGAGCCUCUCAUGGGUAAAGACACCACACACCAUUUCUUGGCAUGGACAACGGCACGCACCGACGUCAACGGACUCCUGAACAAGACCUCUCUGCCGCACAUCAGCCUCGGUUUGCCGUUCGGCUUCAGCCAGACCCAGAUCUCCUCUUCGACACAGUCGCCAGUGAGCCACGUCACCAGCAACGGCUCCCGUAUUCCUUCCGUGGUGACGCUGUCUCCAGUCGUAGCCUACGGCAACUCUUGCGCUGCAUCCGGGACCGGGGUUAGGCAGAGUAGCACCUACUCGUUGCCCGCUAUUCAUGCUGCACCAGGAAUGUCUGCACUAGAAUCGGUGACUCCCGAUCACUCGCCAGAACGCGCCACCAACCUCAUGACGCUCUCUUCUUGAGCUGCACGUUCAUUGACACGGGGUCAUUUUCAAUCCAAAUGUGCCUUUUGUAUAUACUUGCCGAAUACUCGUGCUUCUCGUACAGGUCCGCCGUGGGGUGAAAAGAAAAGCGCUGUUCGGGCUUUCAGUUGUUGGUUGCGGCGUCUUAAUGGUGUAACAUUCAUUGCCGUACGAUGUGGUGUCUAUAAACUCCCUGUACUUUCUAGGGUAUUCUUUGUUCGCGAUAAAGUCUACUGGUCGUCGUCUGCAAAGCACAGGCCAAUAAUAUAAGGUUUCGCUGUGAAUUUUAAGUCGAUAAACAGUCUUAUUUUCGCUCUGUUCGCACCGUUGACUGAUCGAGCGAAUCUGUAAGUGAGAAUUCGGAUUUCGCUUCUGGAGCAGAUUUCGUGUGUUGAGGUGUAUGACUUCGUGCCUUACUUUCAGCGUAUAAGAUGACAGUGCAUAUAAAAAAGGAAGAAACGAAGUGGAAACGCACAGUGUUGCCACAGUCGGUGUUUCCUGUUUCUGGUGCGGACAGCAAAAUUUUAUUAGUUCGUUAUUGUGCUCGCGUACUUCACUGCAGAAUAUCAAAACCCACCCUAUAUCACAUCGCUUACAUAUUGCGAGAAAAAUUUAACUUACAUUUUCAUCGAAAAAGAAAAGUACAGCGCAUCGAAUUAGUCUGAACGGCCCAGAAUAAGUGGCACGACAAUUGGCCAUUGGGUAUCGUACUAUCUUUUCGUUUCGUUCUCUCAAAUAUGCUGUUGCAACGAUCCUCAACUGGUCACGUGGAGGUGGGGGCUACCAAUAGGUGAACUUUUCACUCCAUUCCUUACGCACCCUGGCGAGCCUUCUACGAUCAUGAGACAUAAAAAAAAAAGAAAGAAAAAGGAAAAUAACGCUGCAUGGUGGGUCACGUGUCGGCUGGUUUUAACAUCUCUGUAGUUACCAAUCCGUGCCAUGGUAUUCAAUCGGAAUUAAAUGCACUUUGUCGAUCUCUUGCGUUGAACGGCAAUAUUUCUUUAAUUUAGUACAUCAGUGCCUUUCCCAAUGUGCUUCACUUAUAGUCCUAAGGAAGACGGGCGAAUGUUUAAAUAGGAAGCAAUGCAAAUGUUGUACAUACGUCUAUUUUGGAAAAGCGAUCCCUUACGGUGAGUGACACAAAGUACAAAGCGUCGUAAUGUGGAAAUCAGUGUCCUAAACAUGUACUUUAAAUUCUACUGCGUGAUGCGUGUAAUUCGUGCGUCGUCUCAAUAUAUAUGAUGUAUGAAUUUGGCUGUUUGUUAGUCUUUAGGUUUGCAAGCUAUAGACAAGCUUUCUUUCUUUUUCCUGUCCACAUGGAUGCGUUUCGUCUUCAUGUUGUUGUGACACACGAAAUUGUGCUCACGUGAAUUUGCUCUGUUGUGUAACAUGGAGCUGUCCUUGUAAUUGGAGUAUUAAAGCUCAAACACUGUUUCA